AUGGCCCUCCGUCUCGCCAGGCUGAGGUCCAUCCUCCUGGCCAUGAUCACCAUUCUCCUCAUCAGCGCUAUCUACCUCUACUGGAUCCCGACUCCGGCUUCGACCCCUGCCUCCGUCGUUCCCAAUACGGCCUUCCAGGUGCCUCUGGCGGAGCGACAGAGUUCUUUCUGGAAAGCUUUGCAUCCGAUCCUGCAGAAAAAUGCACCCGCGAAUCCUCCUCCCGAACGUCGUGGAGAUGUUGGUGCGAUUCACUUCAAUGCCUCCUCGACCGAUCCUCGACCCGACCUGAUCCUCCUCAGCGACCAAGACCGUAAUGCGAUGCAAGUGGCGCACGAGAAUUUCGUCCUUGAUGUCCGUCAUUCGAAGGCUUUGCGGCCUGUGCACAAACCAGGGUCCCGAGGCAUUGUGUCGACUGCGGGGGGUUCAUAUAUGCCAGUGUUUUUGUCGUCGUUGCGGAUGCUGCGUCGGGUUGGAUCUACGCUGCCGGUGGAGGUAUACAUGAAGGAUUCGACAGAGUAUGAGAAGCGCAUCUGCGCUGGGAUUCUUCCGAAACUGAAUGCGCGGUGUCUUGUUCUGGCAGAUGUGGUGGGCAAGGAGGCUAUUGCGCACUACCAGCUCAAGGUGUUCGCCAUGCUGUUUUCUUCAUUCGAGGAGAUACUCUGGAUGGAUGCGGAUGUCUUCCCACUUUACAAACCCGAGGAGAUCUUCGAUGCGGACCCUUUCAAAUCCACAGGAUUGAUCACCUGGCCCGACUUCUGGGCCUCAUCAGUAUCUCCGGCCUACUUUGCUCUUUCGCAGCAACAAGAGCCCCCCAUGUCUGUACGACAGUCGUCGGAAACUGGCGUUCUCAUGGUGUCGAAAAAGAGCCAUCUCACGACUUUGCUUCUCGCAGCUUAUUACAACUACUACGGCCCUUCGCAUUACUUCCGGCUACUAUCCCAAGGCGGCCCGGGCGAGGGCGACAAGGAGACAUUUCUACAAGCAGCGUCGGCCGUGGAAGAGUCGUUCUACGCCGUGAGUGAACGCGUGGCAGCUAUCGGUCACCCAAAGAACGGCGAAGAUGGGAUCUCAGGAUCGGCCAUGGCACAAUCGGACCCCAUUCAUGACUACAUCCUGACCAGCCAGGACAAGUAUCGAGUUCAGGACCCAUCCGUGGCCGAGCCUCCACGUGUGUUCUUUAUCCAUGCACAUUAUCCCAAGUUCAACCCAGCCGAAAAUGUUUUUGGCAUGAAAUGGGAAACCGCCCCGACCCUUCGACCUGAUGGUACCGACGGACGGGCAUGGACGACACCUGAGGACACUCUCGAGCGAUUUGGAUACGAUGCGGAGAAGGCAUACUGGGAAGAGAUCAAAUGGGUCAGCUGCAACCCGGACGUCGAGUUUCGCACGUGGAAUGAUAAGCCAAAGAUCUGCGCCAGGGUCGAGAACUACUGGCAGAAUGUGUUUGCAGAGCCGCAUCAGGAUGAUCCCAAAUUCGGGGGGUGA